AUGUCAAAUAGAAUUAGGGUGGCUCUUGUUAUGAAUCUUUUACCUCUUAUAUUCUCAGUUGCUCCAGUUCGUUCCAAUCAUCAAGGUGCGGUGCCUCUCAAAUCCAUUAAGAUAGAUAAAAAUGUGACAUACGAUUGCAUAGAUAUUUAUAAGCAACCAGGACUUGAUCAUCCCUUGCUCAAAAACCACACGAUCCAGAUGAAACCAUCAAUUUCAAGAACUAGAUUAAAGAGUCAGAUUGGCGACAAUAAAACAUAUACGAAGAAAAUAGAAUGUCCAGAUGGAACUGUUCCUGUGUUGAGAACUACAAAAGAAUUUGUCAAAAAUGCUCAACUUUUUGCCGAAAAACAUUUCCAUCCGCUAUCAGGCGGUAGUCCUGGAACACAUCAUGCUGUAGUAAGAUCAUUUAGUGGUCAAUUUCAUGGUGUAGAAGCGUGGUUUAAUGGUUAUAACCUAAACGUUGCACAAGAUCAAGCCUCAUCUAGUGCAAUAUAUAUAGGCAGUACUGGACCGAAUAAAGAAGGGAAUAUUAUCGCAGCGGGACUGAUGACAAAUCCAGGCCUUUUUGGCGACGGACGUGUUUGGAAAUAUGGAUUUUGGCAGGGCAAAGAUGGAAAAGGAUGUUACAAUACGGCAUGUCCAGGGUUUGUUCAAGUAUCAUCAGUGAUUCCCAUAGCCCAACCCUUUGAUGUUCCGCCAGGGAAACCUGUCUGGUCGCAUCGAUUCAUUCAUCAGGACCAAAAUACAGGAAAUUGGUGGAUCACACAACUGGGACCAAAUGAGAACAACGUAGAUAUUGGAUAUUUGCCAAAAGAGUUAUUUAACCUUUUAAGUGUUGGUGGAAAUGUGGCUGGGGUUGGAGGUAUGGUUCAAGGUUCACCUUCUGGUUCUAGUCCUCCUAUGGGUAAUGGUAAUUUCCCGAAUAAAGAAUCAGCAAUGUUUUCAAAUAUAGGGGUUUUGAGUUCUAACUAUGAGCAUCGUAGCCUCGAUUUUUUUCCUAUAGAGGAGUUGGUAGAUAGUCCCAAAUGUUAUGGGCUAAAAAUUGGUAAGGAAAAACUAUUCCAUCGUAAUCACCGUGGAUUCUUUUUCAAUUAUGGUGGUCCAGGAGGAUACUCUUGCUAA